AUGCCUCUUCUUACUUCCCUUCCCACUGGAGCAAGCCCUGCUUCCAACAGCGCCACAAGCCCACCACAAGCCCGAAGCAUCCUUACAGAGGACCGCCCUGCAUACCUAUUCCGCCAACCUAACCGAUGUCGCUCCUUCCGGCGGAAGAAAUCUGCCCUAGGCAUCAUCGGCCAGCCACGCAACACAUCUCCACAAAAGCGGCCAUAUUCAUUUAGGCAAAUGAAUCACUCCACCUACAAGGAAACAACUUCGUUGACCUAG